AUCUUGAACUCAGCUGGCAAAACCAAAUAAGGUUGGCGGGUAAUAAUACAAUCGAAACAAAAAUAAAUUAUUUUUUAGUUGUUGAAAAGGUAAAAAAAAAUGCUUUGUUUUGUCUACAAAGCUUAGAUAGUUUUUUGGUGAUGAACAGAUAUAUAUUUAGUAAUAUUAAAAACCAAAAAGAUUGUUUUUUUUUCUUUUCUUGUUUUCAUCAUUGCUGUCUUGGGGAAAUUAAGCAAAAACCCACUUACUUCAUUUAUCUCAGAAAUGGAAUUUAAUUUUAGAAAUCAGCAAAUCCCAAUGAUUUUAUGAUCUGGGGGUUUUCUCUUAGUACUGGAAAUGGAGAAUUCUGUUCAAGAAAUGCAUCAAACACAGCCUGAAUUUGAUUCUUCUGCUCAUUCUAAUACAAAUGGAGAGAGAGAGGAAGCUACUUUAGUGCGGCAGCAGUCAACAAGACGGCCAAAUCUCUCAUCUCUGCAAAUACCUACAAGAUCUUUGGAAAAUGCAUUAUCCAGCUUUACAAGAAUAGAUGUUCCAAGUCCUAGCUCUGCUAGAUCAGGGUUGCCCCCAAGGCCCCACUCCGCCAAGUUCAUGUCAUCUAUGAAGAAUCUGAUUCCACAGAAAAGCACUAGGGCAAAAAAUGUAACUCAUGAUGGCGAAAAGACAGUUCUCAUUAUCCCAGACAUGCCACUUUCGGAUAAGCCUUCAACUUCAAGGUCAUUUUCUCUCAAUAAAGUUUUGUUCUCUUCAACGACAAAAUCAAUCCGCUCUUUACCAGAGACACCAAUGGGAACUGUGGAAAAGCAUGCAGAGGACAAUUGUUUGAAUGAUCAUUCAGAGUUAAUUAAACCUGAAGCUCAACAGCAUAUGAAGCGUUCAUUUUCAGUGCCUAUACAUGUUAAAAGUGGAAGCUUAAGGAGGACAGAUUCAAAUGGCGGUCUCAUCCGUGUAAUUUCCAAAGUUGUUCGCACAACCACAGAUUCUGAUGCCUCAGCAGACAUACCACAAGAAACAGAAAAUGCGACAGAUAAUACUGGUGAAGAUAUUCCCGAGGAAGAAGCUGUUUGCAGAAUUUGUUUUGUUGAACUUGGUGAAGAAAGUGAAACAUUUAAAAUGGAAUGCAGCUGCAAAGGAGAGCUUGCACUCGCUCACAAGGUGUGCACCUUAAAGUGGUUUAGUAUUAAGGGUAACAAAAUCUGUGAUGUUUGCAAGCAGGAAGUACGGAACCUCCCUGUAACAUUAUUGAAAAUUCAAAAUCCUCCAACUGCUGCCAGAAGGUCCCAAACUGUAACACAGCAGAGAGAAGUGCCUCGGUACAGAGUCUGGCAAGACGUACCUAUCCUUGUCAUGGUCAGCAUGCUUGCAUACUUUUGCUUUCUGGAGCAGCUUCUGGUGUCUGACUUAGGCGCUCGUGCUCUUGCAAUCUCUUUACCUUUCUCUUGUGUUUUAGGCCUCCUUUCUUCUUUGAUAGCUUCUACUAUGGUCAGCAAGAGUUACAUAUGGGCUUAUGCUUCAUUUCAGUUUGCAAUUGUUAUCCUGUUCGCCCAUAUAUUCUAUGCGGUGCUUAACGUUAGUGCACUCCUAUCGGUGCUGCUUUCCUCCUUCACUGGGUUCGGUAUUGCAAUUAGUACCAAUUCGCUCCUCGUAGAGUAUUUGAGGUGGAGAUCAAGCAGACUCCUUCGAUCAUCCCCUGCACAGACAACCAGUAUCAUGCAGCCGCACAGUACUCUGCCUGUUCAAAGAUAUUUUAGCUACAUCGACAACCCCUCAGGACAACAACAUCACCACGACCACCGCCCCCAUAAUAAUCAGCAGCAACAACAACCAUUGCAUCCUGUAGUUGGACAAUCAGAAAAUCUGGGGCUGCCAGAGAUCAGGAUCCAGACCGCGUAAUUUGGAGUUGUAAUAUUUUUGUAUUAUGAGGAAUUCCUCAUCUUGUGCUUCUUUUUGUAGUACCAUGAAAAUUCACUUGGUACUAAGCUGCACAAGGAAUAGGCUACACAUAAUAUAUGCCAUUAAAGGUGGGGGGAAAAAUGGAGAAAUGGGAUAGCAUAGGAAGCUUGUAUAGCAUUUUAUCAUCAAUAGUAUUUGGAAUCAUGUAACUUUGGAUACUUCUGCUACUUUAUUAAAUACAGAAAAGGUUUAUGC